AUGAACGACGAACUAAUCGAGCUCAUUAUCGCCAAAUUAUCCAGCGCUGUCGUCUUAAUUCUCACCAACAAAUCCAAGAUUCUGAUCGCCGUCGUCGCAGUCCACAUCCUCCGCCGCAUUCUCAAAACCAUCUACCACCGCCAUCAAUUUCCGAUCUUCACCGCUAAACAUAACAACAGCACAACCACCGCCACCAAAACCCUAUACUGUUCGGUGUGCCUUCACGACGUAGACGGAGGCCAACGCUACCCGGCGGCUGCCGAAAUGCCGUCACUGUUUCCAUGUGAACUGCAUCGACACAUGGCUUCAAUCGCGAUCCACGUGUCCUUUAUGCCGGAAUCAAAUCCCCCUGCAUCUUCUUCCUCGGAAAGAAGAGAAAGAGCCUGGUUUUUUGUAUUUGUUUUUUUAUUUCUCCAUGAAAGCUAUUCGAAGGAAGAUUGA